CCUGAACAGGAUCUUACCAGCGACUCCGCGAGUGACUGGGAAGGGCAGUUCUGGUUCCCCACGUCCUUGCAUUGGGGACAUCUGGGCGGGAGCUGAACGCGCGGAGGGCUUGCCCAGUGCGCCUUCCUCUUGACACGUGUCUCCCUCUCGUCCCGAGUUCGGGCUCAUUCAAAGUCCACGACGCCUUUGGCAGAGGCUGCCCUCCAAUCGGAGCGCCGGGCAGGCCAGCGAGGGCCGGAUUUGCCUUGACAGAGGCCGGCGGCGGCUGCACCCCGAGGCAGCUGUCCUCCGGGGCGCGGAAGGGACGUCUCCUUGCGGACUAGGGAAAGCGUCUCCGCCCCCCAGCAGCAUGGCGCUGCCCCCCCCCCGCCGCCGCCCCCGCCUCCUGCUGCUGCUCUGUGGGGCCUCGGCCCUUUCGCUGGGGGUCCUCUUCCUGGCCGGCGGGGCGCACGAGGCGCUGCUGUCGCGCUCGCUGCCCUACCUGCUCCCCUCCAGCGGGGGGCGCCCCUUCUCCUCCUCCAGCUGCGCCCCCCUCCUGCCCUCCGCCCAGGCCUUCCUGCUGGCGCCCGCGGGCGACCCCUGUGCCCUCCGCACGCCCUUCCUGCUGGUCCUGGUGGCCAGCGCGCCAGACCACGCCGCCCGGCGCCAGGCCGUGCGGGACACCUGGGGCGGGGCGCGGUGGGCCGGCGGGCGCCCCACCAGGACCCUCUUCGCCCUGGGGGUGCCCUCGGAGCCCUCCCAGCAGGCCGCCCUGGAGCGGGAGGCGGCGCAGCACGGAGACCUCCUCCAGGGGCGCUUCCUGGACACCUACGCCAACCUGACCCUCAAGACCCUGGCACUCCUCGGGUGGGCAGCCACGUGCUGCCCAGGCGCCUCCUUCGUGGUCAAGGCCGACGACGACGUCUUCCUCAACCUGCCCGCCCUGGCGCGCCACCUGGGCGCCCUGCCCAGCCCCCCGCCGCCCUACCUGGGCCGCAUCCACUGGUGGGUGCGCCCCAACCGCGACCCCCGGAGCCGGCACCACCUCCCGGCCCCGCUCUACCCGGGCGACACCUUCCCCCCCUACUGCAGCGGCACCGCCUACGUCCUCUCAGGGGAAGCCGUGCCAGCCCUGCUGGGGGCAGCACGCCAUGUCCCCCUGGUGCCCCUGGAGGACGUCUUUGUGGGGCUGUGCGCCCGCCAGGCCGGCCUGGCCCCCCUGCACCUGCCCCACAUGGCUGGCUCGGAGCACUUCCCGCCGGACGCCUGCUGCUACAGGGAGGUAUUGUUCAGCGUCCAUGGCGUGGCGCCGGCCGAGAUGGUGGCUGUUUGGGAGGAGGUGGGCACCCACGAGGGGGCGUGCAGCGCCUGGCAGAGGGCCCUGGGGCUCGUCCGCUGCAAGGCCCUGGCGUGGCUGGCGGCGUGAGGAAGACAAAGACUUCACCAGAGGAAAUCUGCACCCUUGGGGCUCCGCCAGAGAAACCUCAGCAACUUGGGGCACCGGGAGCGGCGCCAGCCAAGCUCAUAUUGCUGAAUUGGCAACUGGUUUUGCAGCGUCAGAGGUGGGAGCCCCCAGGGGUCAUCUAGUCCCACCCGCCGUGAUGCGGCAACUGGUUCAUUAAGCAACACACAAAGUCAGCAGCAUUUCUCCAAGGACACGCCCAGCCCUUCCUUCUGCCUGCAGGUGCCACAAGCAGACGACUUCGGUUGUGGGGCAGAGGUGUAAUGACAGAACUGGACAAUGGGGUGGGACCCCCAAGGGUCAUCCAGCCAAACCCCCUGCAGCGCAGGAAUCUUAGCCAAGGCUCUUUUUGCAGCAGGAUUUCUGCCACUGGAUUUUGGGACCUGGGACAUUCCCCCGCCUUCCCUGGACGCUUUUCGGUUUCAAAAACGGCCAUGUUACUAGUCGUCAUGGAUUUGGAUGUGAUAUCCGAAACGCAUGGGGUUGGGGGGGCAGCCUGGGCUGUGGGUGUCACCUUCAUGGUGGGGGUCAGGGUGGGGCUUGGAUGUGGGAAUGAAGGCACCUCUUGCACCGCCAGGUCACAAUUCUUGGCCCACCAGCCCCAGCCGUUCGUCUUCAGUGACCGGCAGCCGGUUUCUCCAGACUGCGUCAGAGGAGGGCCAUUCCUUCUCAGCAGAGACGGUGGAGCCUGAGCACAGCCACUGACAGACUGACUACUCACCCACUUGUCUUCGAAAGCCGGCCUUUGCUGCCUCUAGUGGGAGGGAGUUCCAUAGGGAAAGUGCCUGCAGGAUCAGGCCAAUGGGGACCCAUCCAGUCCAACAUCAGAGAGAGAUGCAUAUUAUGGGGAGCCCUAAUAAUAAUAAUAAUAAUAAUAAUAAUAAUAAUAAUAAUAAUAUGAGCGUCGUCUCGCCCAGCCCUCUGCCCCGAUGGGUGUGAAGUUGGGGUGAACAGCCCGCUGGCAGGGCCUGAGCCCCAACAUCCUUCCCAGCAAACUGGACUCAUCUGGUGGCAUUCACUGCCUCCAACCGCAGAGGCACAGCAUAGCCGUCACAGCCAGGAACAGUAAUAAUAAGAAAUAAUUUUAUUAUUUGUACCCCUGGGUUGCUCCUCUUCCACAAAUCGGGUUCCUUUCUGGGCUUUGAGGACGCUCUACUCGCAAGGAGACCCUUCCGCGCGCAGAACAAACUCUAGCCCAACGGUUGCCAUUAAUUUGAUCUGAACUGAUUUUAUAAGGAAUUGAUUUUAGAAUGCCGUAUUACUUUACUGUUGUUAGCCACUCUGAGCCCGGCUUUGGCUGGGGAGGGCGGGAUAUAAAUAAAAUGUUAUUAUUUAUUAUUAUUUAUUAAAGAGACUUUCCCAGGAA